GAAGGUGGGUGGGGGGGGGGACAGUCGGUCCGGGACCGCGCUCGGUUGCCGCCACCGCCGCCGCUGCCAUCGUGCCAGCCCGUCCGGCUUCGGUCCCCAGUGUUAGCCCAGGAACCCAGUAUUAAUCACAGAGCUUAAGAGCCGGAAGGAAUCUUAAACAUCUUCUAAUUCAACCCCCUCAUUUUACAGUUUCUGCUGCUAGGUGAGGAUCCAGAAUGGGAGACAAGCCGAUUUGGGAGCAGAUUGGAUCCAGCUUUGUGCAACAUUACUACCAGAUAUUUGAUAAUGACAGAACUCAAUUAGGAGCAAUAUAUAUUGAUGCAUCUUGCCUUACAUGGGAAGGGCAGCAAUGCCAAGGCAAAGCAGCCAUCGUGGAGAAAUUGUCUAGCCUUCCAUUUCAGAAAAUACAACAUAGCAUCACAGCUCAGGACCACCAGCCCACCCCUGACAGCUGUAUUCUCAGUAUGGUUGUGGGACAGCUAAAGGCUGAUGAAGACCCCAUCAUGGGAUUCCACCAGAUAUUUCUAUUAAAGAACAUCAAUGAUGCUUGGGUCUGCACCAAUGACAUGUUCAGGCUAGCGCUGCACAACUUCGGCUGAACCUUCUCUUCCCAAGGCACCCACGCUGUUUCCUUCUCUCUCCUCUUCCUGAUAUUAUUCACACUUCCUCUCCCCAGCCCCCUCAGAACACUCCAAAUAUCAUACACAAGCCUGCAGGGCCUCGGUGGGUGGACACCGAGGUGGUGGCGGCAUCACUGUUUUGAGUGUGUUGUGCAUGAUGUUUGGACGUUAGACUAGCUGCAUCUGACAGGAGAAGUUUGUGUUGUACCAGCGCAUGCCUUAGAAAGACUAAGUAAUGCAAAAGGUUGUCUUUUUUUUUUUUUUAAUGUACUGACAAGUUGCUCUAGUAACCCAAAGAAACGAAGGAGAAAGCAGCAGCUGCGUGUGCAGCCAGAUACUGAUUUGUUCAGAUGUUCCAAUGCCUCAUUAUACAAUAAAACCAUGAAAAUUUUCUUAACAGUUUAAA